UAAAUGAAGAUAUAGAUUAUAUGAUACAAGUUGAUAUUGAAGAAGGAUUAAGUAAAGAAAUUAUAGAAGACCUUAAACUUUUACAUUUAAAAUCAUUAUAUAAUUUAACGAAAGCAGCAUAUAAUAAUAUUAUCAAAUUAUUUACCAAUAAAACAUUAGUUUAUAUAAGAUUAAAAAAAAUAUUAGAAGAAAUUAUAGGACUUGUUCCAAAAUUUUAUGAUAUGUGUAAAAAUUCCUAUAUAUAUUAUACUGAAAUUUAUGAAACUUAUCAAAGUUGUUCAUUAUGUAAUUUAUGGAGAUAUGAUUCAAAAAAUAAAUCUAAAAAAGUAAUACCAUAUCUUUCUAUUAAAAAGAGAUUAGAGAUUCAAUAUAAUAAUAAAAUAAGGGCUGAAGAAUUACUUUAUCAAAAUUGA